AUGUAUGAGCCUACAAAUCAAACUCAGUGCCCAGUCCAACAAAUUCCAUCUUCAAUGAAGAAAAACCAACCAUUCCUUUUACUAAUCUUCAAUUUCAACCCCUCUCUCUCUCUCAUCUCCUCCUUUACCGUAAAACCCUUCAAACACACCCACUCUCUUCUUUGCUUCCUAGCUGAUCAAUGGAGGGCAGCACUUUCCUUCCCAAUAAACCAGUUUAUCCUACCCCUACUAAGAGACUACCCCAAUCAAACAAGCCUGUCAAGUUCAGCUCUGUAACACUUCCUCAUCCUCCUCAACCCCAGUCUCCAUCUCAUUCGCCCCCUUCACUCCCUUUAGACUCUCUUCUCCAACACCUUCUUCACCUUUCUUCACCACCCAAUACCACCCACAACCCCAAAAGUAUUAAUCCUCAUAAACCCUACAAUUCCCAUUCCCCUUCUCUUCACAUUUCAUCGGAAUCUAGUCUGAAACUUCAUCACCAAGUUCAUCAUCCCAAGAAGUCUGCACCUGUUUCGGUUCUUCAGUUGGAUAACAGUAAAGAGGAAGGUCAAUCUGGAGAUGGGUCGCUUGAAUUUUUGACAAGAAAGGGUAUGCUUAUGCUUAACUCCAUAAAGGAACAACCUUUGAAUGGGUUACCUGAUUUCUUUGAUUCUGUCAAGUUUGAGUUGCUUCAAAUUGAUAUGUUUAGUUUAUUGAAAGCUUUAGACCUUUCAGGGGAUUGGGAAAGAGCUCUCGUGUUGUUUCAAUGGGUAGUUUCGGACUUAGGGUCCGAUAACGCUAAGCUAGACAAUCAGGUUGUUGAAUUAAUGGUCAAAAUUCUGGGGAGAGAGUCGCAGUAUGCAAUUGCAUUGAAACUGUUUGCUUUAAUUCACAUUGAGGAAUACUCACUUGAUGUUCGAGCUUAUACGACUAUUCUUCAUGCAUAUUCACGGUCAGGUAAAUACCAGAAGGCAAUAUCUAUGUUUGAGAAAAUGAAGGAAAUUGGCCUUUCUCCUACUUUAGUCACUUAUAAUGUCAUGCUUGAUGUCUAUGGUAAGAUGGGUCGGUCUUGGAAUAAGAUUUUAGGACUUUUAGAUGAGAUGAGAAGCAAAGGACUUGAAUUCGAUGAGUUUACUUGCAGUACUGUGAUAUCAGCUUGUGGUAGGGAAGGAUUGUUGAAUGAAGCCAAAGAGUUCUUUUCUGGAUUGAAGUCGCAGGGCUAUGUUCCUGGGACGGUCACGUAUAAUGCUUUAUUACAAGUGUUUGGAAAGGCAGGGGUCUACUCGGAGGCUUUAAGCAUUUUGAAAGAAAUGGAGGAUAACAACUGCCCGGCCGAUUCGGUGACAUACAAUGAACUCGUAGCUGCUUAUGUGAGGGCGGGGUUUUAUGAUGAAGGGGCUGCAGUUAUUGAAACAAUGACUAAGAAAGGUGUAAGGCCAAAUGCUAUUACGUACACAACUGUCAUCAAUGCCUACGGUAAAGCUGGAAAGGAAGACAAGGCUUUGAGAUUGUUCCAUAGGAUGAAACAGUCAGGUUGUGUCCCUAAUGUUUGUACUUAUAACGCUGUGCUUGGGAUGUUAGGGAAGAAGUCACGAUCUGAGGAGAUGAUAAUGAUACUGUGUGACAUGAAAGAAAGUGGCUGUUCCCCUAACCGUAUUACAUGGAACACAAUGCUUGCCAUGUGUGGUAAUAAGGGCAUGCACAAGUAUAUCAAUCUAGUCUUUCGGGAAAUGAAGAACUGUGGUUUCGAGCCUGAUAGAGACACGUUCAACACUUUGAUAAGUGCCUAUGGUCGGUGUGGGGCAGAUAUUGAUGCUACGAAAAUGUACAAGGAGAUGAUUAGAGUAGGGUUCACACCAUGUGUUACAACUUACAAUGCUCUUCUCAAUGCUCUAGCUAGAAGAGGCGACUGGAAAGCAGCAGAAUCUGUCAUUCAAGACAUGAAGAACAAGGGUUUCAGGCCUAGUGAAACCUCGUAUUCUUUGAUGCUUCAGUGUUAUGCCAAGGGAGGGAAUGUGAAAGGGAUAGAGACCAUCGAGAAAGAAAUUAGCGAUGGUCAUAUCUAUCCUAGCUGGAUGCUGUUAAGAACACUUGUUCUGGCAAACUGCAGAUGUAGAGCAGUAAAGGGUAUGGAGAGAGCAUUUCAGGAAUUACAAAAGAACGGAUACAAACUUGAUUUGGUUUUAUUCAAUUCGAUGCUCUCCAUUUUCUCAAAGAACAACAUGUAUGAGAGGGCUCAUGAGAUGCUACACUUGAUCCGCGAGAGUGGGUUGACACCUGAUCUUGUGACCUACAACAGCUUGAUGGAUAUGUAUGCCAGAGCAGGAGAGUGUUGGAAAGCUGAAGAAAUCCUCAAAGGACUACAAGUGUCAGGUGGAAAACCAGACAUUGUGUCUUACAACACGGUGAUUAAAGGGUUCUGCAGGAAAGGGUUAAUGCAGGAGGCCAUAAGGAUUCUGUCUGAGAUGACAACUAAAGGGAUUCGACCAUGUAUUUUCACUUACAAUACGUUUGUGGCAGGCUAUGCUGCACAGGGAAUGUUCACCGAAAUAGAUGAUGUUAUUAGCCAUAUGAUUCAGCACAACUGCAAACCCAAUGAGCUGACCUACAAGAUUGUGGUAGAUGGUUACUGUAAAGCAAGGAGAUACAAAGAUGCCAUAGACUUUGUGUCCAAAAUCAAGGAGAUUGAUGAUUCUUUUGAUGACCAGUCUAUAGAGCGGCUAGCUUUUCGUGUUCGAGAGAAUCUGGAUUCAUAACUUGACCAACUAUAUUUCCCUUUAGCUAUGAAAGGGGAAGACCAAACUAUAGUUUCCUGUAAUCUUAAUAAUUAUCCUUUUUCUUAAAUAAAGUUAAAGACUUAUGCAA